ACAACAAAGGAAAACCGAUCAAAGACAUGAAAAGGAAACAAUGAUACAGGAGACUGUAUCAUAUAUAAUCUUCGUCCGUAGCAUGUUCACGACAGCACAAGUAUCACUAUCAAGUGUCCGAACGGAAAGAGAACAAUCCGUCACCACUUGUAACGCCAAGGUUUGUCUCCCGAUAUCAGCCGCAGGUUGAACUUUAGCAAGUGGCAAUGAAACUUGUACCAGCCUCGACACAUUUAACGAUGUCUUAGCUCCUCUCUGCAUACCACUGUAAAAACAAAACAAAAACACACCACCGACUACAUAUACAAACGACGUCGUACAGACCGCGACACUACAGCUUAAUCGGGCAGAAGGCGCGUCAAAACCCAAAAUCUCAUUGAAUUUGCAGUUUAUUAGCAAAAACGGGGCUUGGCUCAUCAUACUGAUUAAACUUUUAAUGUCAUGAGCGUUCAUCUCCAAACCAAUGGUUUCCUGUGAUCUUAACACCUUUUCCAAACUUGGUCCAACGUUGGACAUUUCCUCGAAGGGCCUUUAGCGAGGGCGACUACGUUACGUGGCCGUGUGACGUGAAGAAGUCACAAAGCUACCCCAUGCACUUCGGUCGUGUAACGCCGCCUAGUGUAGAGACACGGUGAGAUGACUGGGAGUUGAUUGUGCACAGAUACUGGUUAACAGUUAUAUUAGCCGCAUUAAAGAUAUCGUCCGUCUACAGUUAGGCCGUUCACGUUUCGCGAUCAUGUCCUCUCUACGUCACAUUUGUUGUUGUAGUGAGAGGUUGUGGGAAGGGGUUGCAAAAGGUCACUGCCGUGACAUCUCAGCCUACUUGUUUUAGGUGUCAAGCUAAACAUCACAGUACAGGAUAAGGCUGUAUCGCGCCUCGAUCUGGCCAACCAACAGAAAAAAACAGAUCAGAUAAACAGAACUGUGGAUGGCAGGCUGAAGGAAAUACCGAAUUCACUCAAGUAGUAAGCUGCAUCUUUUCCAGCAGUGUCUCUUCACUCCGUUUUGGUACGAAAACCCUGGGUGCUGACAACUGGUCGAUGACUUGGCAGCUAUUGUAAACCCCAGCACAGCCCCUGUCCAGCAGAACUAAGAAGUCACAGCAGGCAGUGGAGCUGACACGACGGGCCAUGGGUCAGGGACAGCCGUGGUUGAAGAUCAGCCAGGCCAGCUUUGUCCUCCACCUUUCAUUGUUUCCUAUCGUAGCUGUCAAUCUACUGGUAUCAGCACCAGUACUGUCACUUCCGGCAGGCGAUGAUACCAGGUUCUCUACUGUGGCUCCACUGCCUUGCCCCACAGAGUGCUCUUGCACUGUGGACGAGACGCUCCCGCCUACUGCCUUCUGCGACAACAAGAACUUACGGUCUGUUCCUGCUCCACUUCCAUCAUCUCUUGUGACCCUUGAUCUAGCCAACAACGAUAUUGACCACCUCCACGAAGCCCUCACCUCUCUCCACUCUCUUCAACGGCUGUCACUUCAUAACAACUCCAUCACAGUCCUAACGCUAGGGAUGUUUGAUGGCCUGUUCCAGCUGCAAGUUCUUGAUCUCAGUCACAAUGACAUCAGUACCAUCGAGCCACAUGCUUUUGCAAGCCUGCCAUUUAUCAAGACGCUUGAUUUGUCUCACAAUCAACUCACUGCUCUAGACAAUCAGCAGCUCUUUGGGCUUGAGUCUGUUGCAGUGCUGAAUGUUAGCGGAAACAAGAUCAGAGAUUUAUCUAAUGCAACGUUCCUCAAUUUCACCUAUCUACAGACUCUAGAUAUAAGCUACAACAAGUUGCAGGCACUCCAGGGAGGUAUUUUUCAAGACCUUAUUAAUGUGAAGCAUGUCAACCUUAGCUACAAUCAUUUGUUGUUUAUAGAUGAAGUAAUUGUGGGUCUUCACAAUUUGCAAACACUUGAUCUUUCAUAUAACAUGCUUGAACUGGGAGAAAGUGUAGUUUUUGCUGAUGUUCCAUCUCUGAGAACCUUGGAUCUGUCUUUCAACAAUAUUUCAGAAACUAGCCAGUUCCUAAAGAAUGUGACAUCCCUUCAAUCUCUCAGUGUGCGUGGAAACCCAAUCUCUCACCUUGAUGGACCAGUGUUCCAAGACAACAAAGAACUUCAGCUCCUUGACAUCAGCCAGAUGUCCCACCUGGCAUUCCUCAGCUUUGAUGCCUUUGAUGGAGCUUAUGGUCUAGUCUUUCUCAACCUCAGCCACAACCCGCAUUUGUCUUUCCUGCACCCAGAAUUGUUUUCCUUGCUGCCUAAGCUAUCAACACUGGAUCUCCGCAAUGAUAAUAUCUCCAUCUUGUCACAAAUUACAUUCCACAACAACCCUGAGCUGCUUCACCUCUACUUAUCCCACAAUCCAUUUGACUGUGGCUGUGGGCUUGCUUGGCUAUGGAAGCUUGCUGGCCGCAACGGCUCUGCAUUGCUGGAUCGACACAAUGUAAAAUGCACUAAUGCUUUCCAUGAAGCAGAAGUUCCUAUUGCUCUCCUGUCCGAGGAUAUGGUGCAGUGCAGCAACAUCACGCUUGUUAAUGUGACGGACACGAUGGUGGCAAAGAUUGGCUCUCAGCUGGUGCUCAGGUGUGACUACAAGACUGACAAGACAGGUGUGCUCACAUGGACGACGCCACGAGGACUUGUUUUCCAUUACCACCCAUUCCACCCAGAGGCCACAGCUCACUUGAUUCUGUCCCAGGAAACAGCAAAUGUCUCCCAUUCCUUUCAUCAAGACCACGCAUGGCACACAUCCACUGGAUAUUGGUCUGACUUGGAUUCCAUGUCAGAUCAUGUGGUAUUGCAGAGUGAUGGGUCUCUACUGGUGGAUUACAUCUUGCGCAAUGAUGCGGGUCCUUAUGAGUGUACAGUGCACAACGCACACCACCGAGCUUCAGCUAUAAUCACUGUUCGACUUGACUAUACGGUGCUGUUUGAAGUAAAGAUCAUGAGCAUCCUGGUUGGAAUGGGGUGUGCUGCAUCAUUCCUGACUUUGAACACUGUGUAUGUGGUCAUCAUGUGGACUGCACGUCGUCUUGUCAACAAACGUCGGAGAGAAGCUAUCAGCAGUCUACUGGAAAGUCUGGAGGAGUAUCGCACAUCCCAGAUCAGUCGAAUCCGUACCAAUUACAGCCACCAGGUGGGCAAAAUUAGAGACCAGUACCAUUGUCAAUCUGUGCGCUUGCGCGAACACUAUAGCACCCAGAUGAAGCGUGUCAGGCGAGGAUGCUCCAACCAGGUUGAACGCAUACGAGACAACUAUCAUGCCCACAUGGGUCAUCUGAAAGAUUACAGCUCCCACCAGAUUCACCAGAUCCGGGAGGCAACUAAUCACCAGAUGGUCCGCAUCCGAGACUACGGGAUGCUGCAGGUGGAGCGAUUACGAGAAAAGUACAAGUGGCAGCAAAAGCAUGUCAUCAAGAUGCUGGAAGCCCUGAACAUGGAUAACUGUCGCAACAUUGUGGACACCGAAUGUGUGCGUACAGAUUCUAUGAUGUAUGAUAUUAACUUUGCUACUGAUUUAGAGGAAGAUGGAUCCAACGAGGAAGUCCCCUCCUCCCGCAGUUCUCCAUCAGCCUCAGACUACGUCACUGCCAUCAGUUCUAGUGUGUCCAGUCAGGAGAGCCUUGCAACAGUGACAGCUGAAAAGGUGAUAACCGAAGUACUUGUUGCAUGUCCAAGCACAUAUGAUAGCAACGUCGCUUGCCUGCAUGUGCUGCCCUGUGAAGACCAGCACUAUGAUGGGGAUAGUGAGGUAGAAGAAGACAGUACCGAUACAGGCACAAAUGAUGAUGAUAUCGAUGAUGUUAGGGAGACUGUUCUAUAAGCACUACAUGUUAGUUUGAUGAUAAAUGAUAAUUAUAAAAUGUAUGCUGUAUGUGUGUGACAAGUCUGCCAUUGAGGCUCUUACAACAGUUUCCAGCUUAUUCUUACACUGUCAGCUAUUCCACAGGCUCUAAAAUGGACCAGUCUUAGCUUCACUUAGCUUCUCCAUGCUGGUAGGACCCACAUUCAACCACGCUUCUUUAAAACAGUCCCUAACCCUGUCCACCACUAAUGAAUGCUACCAUUGCUAACCCCAGAAAUUAAUGUCUGCUAUCGCUAACUAUAUCCUAUACACCUAGGUGAUAUUACAGGCAACUAGAACUAUUUAAAAAUCUCUAACAAUUUAGUGCUUUAAAUACAUUUAAACAGCACUUGUUAAAACAUUUGCCCUUUGCACAAUAUGUUUGAUGUUUAAGUCAUCAAGUACCCAUUUUUUUUUUAUCCUUUUCAACCUAACGAAUCUUUAUAUUGGAUUAACUGUACUUGUUUAAUUAACAACAGAUAAAUAGCUCUAGAUUUGCUAAAUAGCAUCAGCUUCAUUUUUUAAAACAUAUUUUUAAAUUCUACAUUUUUCUCAUGACCAAUCUGUUCCCCUAACCAUCUUUAAACCAAAUCAUGCACCUUAGUUAACAGUUAUUUUGCCAUCUUCAUUUAGGAAGUGGAGUGUUUCAUUUUAAUGAAUAUUGUGAAUGUACACAAACCCCUAAUGCACAGUGUGACAAAUCACUGCAAUAUAUUCACAGAAACUCAUGUGUCCCACACAAGUGUCAAUUGAUAUUUUUUCGUCUUUGUCAAAUUUAACAAGAAUUAUAUAACUGGAAUAAGCACCCAUCCCUCCAAAAUUUUAUUUUUUCACGUGGAUGCACAUUUUUGACAUGCAUGUGAGUAUUAAAUGAGAGAUUUUAUAGUCAGUCUAGUCAUUCCUGAUAGUAUACUCAGAAUCCAAGCCCAUAUAGCCUAUGAUGUUCACAAGUUUGUGGCGUGUGAUACUUGCAGAUAUUAAUUAGUGAGCACAUCACUGUUAUUCAAAUGAAAAAUGCUAUACAAAUUAUUUAUUUAUAAACAUCCAUAGAUGAAAUGCUGGAUGAAAUAAAAUAAUCAAGAACUACA